GAAAGAGAGGCCGAGAGCGAGUCAAGCGACAAGACCGUUUCAAUUUCUUGGUUUCGCUUCAACAAACUCGCCCGCUUCAAUGACGUUUUAUAAAACAACGCCCCCUUAACCAUCUCUCGCUCCUCUGUUUUCCGGAGUUGCUCUGCAAAUCCUUCGUAAUCCCACCCAGUGCAAUGGAGACUUUCCUCUUCACCUCAGAGUCGGUUAAUGAAGGCCACCCUGACAAGAUCUGUGACCAAGUCUCGGAUGCUAUCCUUGAUGCUUGUUUGGAGCAAGAUCCGGAAAGCAAAGUUGCCUGUGAGACAUGUACCAAGACGAAUAUGGUCAUGGUGUUCGGGGAAAUUACUACCAAGGCCAAGGUCAAUUAUGAGAAGAUCGUUCGCGACACAUGCCGAGGAAUUGGGUUCACCUCGGCUGAUGUUGGUCUCGACGCUGACAAAUGCAAAGUCCUAGUCAAUAUCGAACAGCAGAGCCCUGAUAUUGCUCAAGGAGUUCAUGGACAUCUGACCAAGAAACCUGAGGAGAUUGGUGCUGGAGACCAAGGUCACAUGUUCGGUUACGCUACGGAUGAAACUCCCGAGCUUAUGCCAUUGACUCACAUCCUGGCCACCAAACUCGGAGCCAAGCUGACUGAAGUGAGGAAGAACAAAACAUGCCCGUGGCUCAGACCUGAUGGGAAGACCCAAGUGACGGUGGAAUACCGUAAUGAUGGGGGAGCCAUGGUCCCUCUGAGGGUCCAUACAGUCCUAAUCUCGACUCAGCAUGAUGAGACCGUUACCAAUGAGCAGAUUGCGAAGGAUUUGAAAGAGCAUGUCAUCAAGCCCGUGAUUCCACCCCAGUAUCUUGACGACAAGACGAUUUUUCACCUCAACCCCUCAGGGCGCUUUGUGAUUGGUGGGCCACAUGGUGAUGCAGGCCUCACCGGGAGAAAGAUAAUUAUCGACACUUACGGUGGUUGGGGUGCUCAUGGUGGUGGUGCUUUUUCGGGCAAGGACCCAACCAAGGUUGACCGUAGUGGCGCCUACAUUGUUAGGCAAGCUGCAAAGAGUGUGGUAGCUUCUGGGCUUGCUCGACGCUGCAUUGUGCAGGUUUCUUAUGCCAUCGGUGUUCCCGAACCAUUAUCUGUGUUCGUAGACACUUACAGAACUGGGAAGAUCCCAGACAAGGAUAUUCUGGCAUUGAUCAAGGAGAAAUUCGAUUUCAGGCCGGGAAUGAUCUCUAUCAAUCUUGAUCUGAUGAGAGGUGGUAACUUCAGGUAUCAGAAAACAGCGGCGUAUGGGCAUUUUGGACGUGACGACCCAGAUUUCACCUGGGAGACGGUGAAGCUUCUCAAACCUGGCAAAGCAUAGAGCUUUGCCUUCACCUGGUCACACUGUUAUUCUUGAAUGAUUUCUGCUUUCACUUGGAUUUUGCGUUUGUGUUCUAUUCUUGGUACUAAUGGAAGACAAAAGAGAGUAAAUCUUGAAUUGAAGUCAGUAGAGGAGUGGAGAUUAUCCAUAAAAAGAAGCAUCACAUGACAUCAUUCUUUCAUUUGUUUAUGUCACUGCGUUUUUUUUUUUUUUCCUUCUCUUUUCCUUGAUAAAUAAUAGACUGCAGAUCACUUUGGAUUUGUAUACCAGGUUGAAUUUCACAUAACAAAUUUUUCGUAUUUAUUUGAGUAUGA